CCAAAACUGAAAACUAUUCAAUUUUCUCUCAACUUUUCAUUUUCCCAGGAAACAAACACCAAAAGCAAAGCAAACCCAGAACAAACAAAAACUAUCAUAGAAAGAAAAAGGAGCAAACUUUCUCUCUUCAGACGAAUUUUCCGGGAAAAUGAAGGAAACCCAGAUGAAGAUGAGAGAGAAAGAUUGUGUCUUUGACUUUCAGCCAUUGAGAAAGGGAAAACCCAUUUUUUGUAUUGGGCUCAGCUCGGCCCAUUAACCAAAUUAAAUGGGCCAUGAAGCCCGUUUCUAUCAAAAGACUCCAUUUUUAAGGAAAGGGUUUAAGACUCGUAUAUAAAGACAGUUGCUUUCUUCUCCAAACUAAGCUUUGACUGGCUCUCUCUCUUUCUCUCUCUCUCCUUUUCCCUCCAUUGAAGAAGCUUGCUUUGUGUUAAUAUGGAUAUUGAUAAUGAAGUUAGCAAGAUGAAUAUAAAAUCAACUGAAGAUACUGGUGUUGAUACUUCAAUUCCAAUGGACUCCCAAGACGAUUCUAGUAAUCAGGUAAAAGGUAAAGAAAAGGAAGAACUUAGUGACUCAAUGGGGAAACUAAACAUUGAUGAGGAUUCAUCAUCUUCUCUGGGAGGAGCUUCUUCAAGUACCUUUAAGAAAAAACCAGUCAUCAUUAUUGUUGUUGGGAUGGCAGGGAGUGGAAAAACAACCUUCCUUAAUCGGUUGGUCUACCACACACAUGUAUCUAACUAUAGGGGUUAUGUUAUUAACCUCGACCCUGCUGUGAUGACACUCCCAUUUGGUGCAAACAUUGAUAUUAGAGAUACCGUUCGAUACAAGGAAGUCAUGAAGCAAUUUAAUCUUGGACCUAAUGGUGGAAUUCUUACUUCACUUAAUUUGUUUGCUACUAAGUUUGAUGAGGUGGUUUCGGUUAUUGAGAGACGGGCUGAUGAGCUCGAUUAUGUACUUGUUGAUACUCCUGGUCAGAUUGAGAUAUUUACUUGGUCUGCUUCUGGUGCAAUUAUCACCGAAGCUUUUGCUUCUACAUUUCCUACUGUGGUCACUUAUGUAGUUGACACGCCCCGUUCGUCUAGCCCAGUAACUUUUAUGAGUAAUAUGCUUUAUGCCUGUAGUAUACUUUACAAGACACGGUUACCCCUUGUGCUCGCGUUUAACAAGACCGAUGUGGCUCAACAUCAAUUCGCUUUAGAGUGGAUGGAAGAUUUCGAAGCAUUUCAAGCUGCGAUAAAUGCAGACGACUCUUACUCCUCGACUUUAACCCAAAGCCUCUCCCUUGUACUGGACGAGUUUUAUAAGAACUUACGUUCUGUUGGUGUAUCUGCGGUUUCUGGUGCUGGAAUGGAUGACUUCUUUAAGGCAAUCGAAGCAAGUUCUGAAGAGUAUAUGGAAACUUAUAAGGCUGAUCUUGACAAGAGACGUGCAGAGAAGCAACGGUUGGAGGAAGAGCGAAGAAAGGAGAAUAUGGAUAAACUGAGGAAAGAUAUGGAGAAAUCGAACGGUGAAACUGUUGUUUUAAGCACCGGUUUGAAGAACAAAGAAGAGAACAGCAUCAGUAAAGGCAUGAUGGAUGAAGAAGGCGAAGAAGAAGAUGAGGAUAUUGAGUUAUUUUCUGAAGACGAGGAUGCUAUCGAUGAGGAUGAAGAUGAAGAAGAGGUUUCUCGAUACUCAUUUUAGUGUUGAUUAUCUUCGAGCCUCGAUCGAGGGGAGGGAUAAAGGGGCAUGAUUUGUUUGGAGCAAAAACUGUGUAUAAGACUUUAUUUGGAACAAAAAAAAACUGUGUAUAGAACAACUAACUUAAGAAGAUGAUGAUGAUGAUGAUAAUAGUGGUCUGCUCACUCUUCUGUCAAAGCUUUAAUUGGCACAGUUUUUCUAUUAAUUUUUCAACAUUACCAAA